AUCAGUGAUAUAUUAACCCAAUGAAACUUAGCAUUUCCCAAAAUACUGUAACUCUAGAUUGAGGUCAAUCGAGGUAGUAUCAGCACAAUGGCAAUCGAGGCAUGGUUCAUGGAUGAAAAUUCAGAAGAUCAGAGGCUACCUCACCACAAGAAUCCACCGGAGUUUGUGUCUGUGGAUCACUUGGCAGAAAUUGGAGUAUUGUACUGGAAAUUGAAUCCUAAGGAGUACGAGAACGAUGAAGAAUUGAAGAAAAUUCGUGAGAGUAGAGGAUACAGUUACAUGGAUUUGCUGGAUUUGUGCCCUGAGAAGGUGGAGAACUAUGAGCAGAAGUUGAAGAAUUUCUACACAGAGCACAUACAUGCAGAUGAGGAGAUACGCUACUGUCUGGAAGGUAGUGGAUAUUUCGAUGUGAGAGACAAGGAUGAUCGCUGGAUUCGCAUCUGGAUCAAGGCUGGUGAUCUGAUCAUCCUACCUGCUGGGAUUUACCACAGGUUCACUCUCGACACUGGGAACUAUGUCAAGUUGAUGAGGUUGUUCGUGGGAGAGCCGGUGUGGACAGCUCAUAAUCGACCACAAGAAGAUCAUCCAGCAAGGAGGGAGUAUAUUAAGAGUGUUACUGAAAGAGUAAGAGUGCCUCUUGCAGCACACUGAGACAUGUGUUUCUUGUCGAAUGGAGAUCGUGUGCGGCAGAUUUUUAGUGUUUGCUGCAUAUUGUUGUAUGUUGGUAUAGAAAAUCUUCUGUAUAUCUGGAGACAGUGUAGAACAUAUACUUAUUUGAGGCAACAAAUGAAUAUAUCUGGACUAGGAGCUUAAGUUGGCCUAUGUUCUCUAGAGCCAAUGAACUCUUGGUGAAUUUAUGCGAUAUUCAGCAUUGCCUAUGGCCUGUGGUCUGAUAUUCGAACAAGGACCAAAAAAAUUCCCUAAAAGUUGUAUGCAUAAAAUAAAUAUGAGUUUUAAUACAUAAUUAGUACCAUGGCCUUGAUAUAUGAA